GCUGUGAUCGUGUGACCAGUUGGGCAAAUUCUUACCAAGCUUGUGAAGUUUUGCCUAAUAAUUUGGAAAAUGAACUUAAAGACCAAGAAGAGUUCUACCAGGAUGUGCAUUGGAUUGUUUUUCUUGCUUGGUGGAAUUGAAUAUGCUGUUAUCCUUCCAACUCUGUGGUUGUAUUUGGAGCACAGUUUUGAUGCCGAGCAGUGGUUUUUUGGAGUGGUGUUUGCAUCAUUUUCUUUUGCUAAUUUGUUGUCAAGUCCACUGUUUGGUUUCUGGGUUGACUACACACGCAAAACCAAAACUGUCAUUCUAAUUGCAAAUCUGUUUGAGAUAGGAGGUAAUUUCUUGUAUUUUAUUGCUUGGUCCAAGUACUGGGUACUCAUUGCACGAUUCACUGCAGGCAUAGGUGCUGGAAUAGGAGCUGGAAUAUUUGCACAGAUUGCAAGAACAACAACUGAAAAAGAAAGGACUGGAAUGUUCUCCAUUGCCAUGGGUUUGCGCCAGUUUGGUUUGUUAGUAGGGCCUGGCUUUAACCUUUUUUUGAGGAAAUUUAAUUUCAAAUUAGGACCGUUUGAGGUUGAUUCUUAUAGGUCACCUGGAAUUUUUAUGGCUGCAGUAUGGCUGAUACUGGAGUUCAUCAUGCUGUUCUGUUAUUUUGAUUUUCCCAUGGUGAAGCCCAUUUCUAAUGAUGAGGAAAGUGAACAUCCAAAUGGGUACAAUCACAGUGUGAACAGCAGUAUUACAUCUGGAAGUGUCAAUGCUACCAGGGUGGAGAGAGGCUACGACUAUACCAUUCCCAGUGACACAAUUACUGAUGAUUUGACCAGUAGCGAUGCAGUUAUUGAUGGCGAAAAACAGAAACUAGUAAAUGUUAAUGCAGUAGGUCUUCACAGACGACCGAAGAAAGCUUCUGUAAUGGACAAAUGGCACUUGGCUAGAGAUCUUGUCAGAGAGGAAGUGAUUGUUAUCUUGGCUUCACAGUUCUUGAUGUUCUUCAAUCAAACAGCAUUAGAGGCAAUAGUUACCCCUAUGUCAGAAUAUCUUCUGGGCUGGCAUGAAAUUGAAAACAGUAUUGCCUACUGUCUAAUAGCAUUAGAGGCCAUUCUGGUAUUUAUUCUUGUCAAAGUGCUGAGCCAAAGGAUGGCAGACAGAUGGCUAAUGGUAAUUGGUAUUGCAUUUGAGGGUUUUGCCUUAAUCUGGUAUCUUUUUCUCUUAGCCAAUGCAAAGCCAUAUGACUCGGUUGUUCUUCCUACCAUCAUUGUUGGCACAAUAGUUAUCGUGUUUGGCUUGCCGUUUUUCUCAGUGGCAAAUAUUUCACUCUACUCUAAAAUCACUGAUGAAAAAACCCAAGGAAUUGCUCAAGGUGUUCAGAGGUCUAUAACAGGAGUGGCUAUGAUCCUAGGGCCCUUGUGGGGUGGGGCCCUCACACGGAGGCUCUAUCUUAUGUUAGGAGUUAUGGCAGCUCUUGAAGUCAUCUUAGCAACAUUGAUGUUUCUCUCUUUUGAUCGACUUAAAGAACCCCAGCAACAAAUUCCUUCCUCGUAUGACCAAAUAGAAACGGAAAAUGAACGACAACCUCUGCUGGCUUGAAACUACCGUGUCAGCUAAUAAGAUCGUAGUGAAUAUCUGCUGAAUAAGACGAAAUAGUCCGGGACGAACAACUAAGAUUGAGGGGAUCUCCUGCCGCCCCGCCCACCCGUUCAAUGUUAUGUUCUUAUACCAAAGCCCUCCUGUAGUUCCGUAAGGACUUCUCGCGGAUUAAGACCCCCUAUUUUAAUUUUAUUUCCGAUUUCAGUAAUGAAUGUCUAGACGUAGGUUCAAGUAUUUUUCUCAAUUUCUGUUGAUUUCUCAAGUUGGAGUUGUUUUUCGAGCCAUGUACAAGUUUAUUAGACAACCGUGUUUUGUUCGUACAUUAUUAGCCUUGUAGAUAAGUUUGGGCAUUUCGCUCGAUACGUAUAUUUAGAUUAGUUAUGUUCACAGUUUUGUCUAAGUUGAAGUUAUAAAUUCAUUCACGCCCAGAAAGGGAGUCAAAAUACGUGAGAGGGGAGCUGAAGAGAGAGGGGACAAAUGUUGUGUCCUGGAGGUCGAUUUCCUUCACUAUGGACUUUAUAGGAAGGUUUACUCCAUCAGGAUACAGAUGAAUUUAUGGACGAUUUAUAUUGGAAUUGGACGAUGUUUUAAUCGUCGAGAUCUUAAAUUACAAUUCAACUUGUAUCUGCAAGAGAAGGACAUUUUUCAUCAUGUUGUACAAUGUUAAGAGAAUGGAAUGGCUUGUUUAGUUACGCAAUGUUCCUUUGAUGUUAAGAUACAACAAAACAAACAUAUUCAAUGGUUUAUAAACCUUUCCAAACCUACAAUACUUCGAUGAAAAUGUAAUAAUUUAUUGGUAGAAAUGUUACAUUAAAUACUGUACACCUUUACACUUG